AUGGCUCUCACACAACCAACCAAUCCCGAGUUCCCUUACUCGCUCACAAUCUCUCUCCCUCUCCCAACCAGUCGUCUUGCAUCAUGCGCUCUACGCGCUUUGGAGGUUGACGCCGAACUAUCCCCUUUCGUGCGACGAACUCUCACCAUCGGGGCUCCGGCGGUCGAAGCACCAUCCCAUCCGCAAGAAAAAAAGCAAAAGCAAGACCCCGAUGAGUCUAAGACCGUGUUAGAAAUAACAUACGUCGCGACGACCAACCGGAUGCUCCGCGUUUCUGUCAAUGGAUUUAUGGAGAGUCUCGGCGUUGUCCUUGGGGUUAUGGCAGAAUUGGAUGUCGACGUGCUCAAGGCUGAGAUGGAGGGUUGA